GCAACAGCCACAGAUUAUCUUACUGAAGGAAGGGACAGAUAGCUCCCAGGGCAAACCUCAGCUAAUUAGUAACAUCAAUGCCUGCCAAGCAAUUGUAGAUGCUGUCCGCACAACCCUUGGCCCUCGGGGCAUGGACAAACUUAUUGUCGAUGCAGGAGGCAAGGCAACAAUCUCCAAUGAUGGUGCUACCAUUAUGAAACUAUUAGACAUUGUCCACCCUGCUGCUAAGACUCUUGUCGAUAUCGCAAAGUCACAAGAUGCUGAGGUGGGAGACGGUACCACAAGUGUUGUGUUGCUAGCUGGUGAAUUUCUGAAACUAUGCAAGCCAUUCAUAGAAGAAGGGGUGCAUCCUCAGAUUAUCGUCAGGGCAUUCAGGAAAGCAACAUACCUAACUGUGCAGAAAAUCAACGAAAUCUCAGUGAAGAUCAAGAAAGAUGAUCCAAAGGAAAAGACAUCUGACCAAAUAAGAGAACAAAGAGAACUCUUAAUGAAAUGUGCGUCAACUGCCUUGAGCUCCAAGUUGGUGUCCCAACAGAAAGAUUUCUUCUCUAAGAUGGUGGUAGAUGCUGUCAUGAUCUUGGAUGAACUCCUCCCACUUAACAUGAUUGGCAUGAAGAAAGUUACAGGAGGAGCUUUGGAGGAUUCCCAACUGAUUGCUGGUGUUGCAUUCAAGAAGACCUUCAGUUAUGCUGGCUUUGAGAUGCAGCCAAAGUCAUACAAGAACCCAAAGAUAGCAUUGCUUAACAUUGAACUGGAGCUGAAGGCAGAGAAGGAAAAUGCUGAAAUUAGAGUGGAUAAUGUUGAUGAGUACCAGUCUAUAGUAGAUGCAGAGUGGAGCAUACUCUAUGAUAAACUAGAAAAAAUCCACAAAAGUGGGGCCAAGUGUGUUCUCUCCAAGCUACCCAUUGGUGAUGUUGCCACGCAGUAUUUUGCCGACAGAGACAUGUUCUGUGCUGGUCGUGUAUCUGAUGAUGACUUGAAGAGAACCAUGAAGGCGUGUGGAGGAGCCAUUCAGAGUUCUGUGAGCAGCAUGACAGAUGACGUCCUUGGAACAUGUGAGAAUUUCAAUGAGCGACAGAUUGGUGGAGAGAGAUAUAAUAUAUUCACUGGUUGUCCCCAGGCUUCAACUUGUACCAUAAUCAUGCGUGGUGGCGCUGAACAGUUCAUUGAAGAAACUGAGAGAUCUCUACAUGAUGCCAUCAUGAUUGUCAGGAGAGCUAUUAAGAAUGACGCCAUUGUAGCAGGUGGUGGCGCUAUUGAAAUGGAGCUAAGUAAAUACCUUAGGGACUAUUCUCGUACUAUACCAGGCAAAGAACAACUUCUCAUAGGAGCUAUGGCCAAAGCUUUAGAAGUAAUCCCACGUCAGCUCUGCGAUAAUGCUGGAUUUGAUGCCACGAACAUUCUCAACAAACUUAGGCAAAAGCAUGCCACAGGUGGUCGAUGGUUUGGUGUUGAUAUCACAACUGAAGAUAUUGCGGACAAUUUUGAAACCUUUGUGUGGGAACCAGCUGUAGUAAAGAUCAAUGCGAUCACAGCUGCAUCUGAAGCUACCUGUUUGAUACUCUCUGUGGAUGAGACCGUGAAGAACCCUAAGGCAGGGGGUGAGGGGGGUCCUGGAGGGCCUAUGGGUAGAGGUAGGGGAAGGGGACGACCUAUGUAAACAUGGGCUUCUCUAGGUCAAUUUAUUUCAAUCUAUUUAACUGCUUUACAACGUGAACAAUGGACACUGUCUCUCAUUGAACUUCAAUUAUUGGAUAGGGAUGAUAAUGGCCAAAAUUCUGUUCAGUGAGUUUCUGAAGGGCAAGUCCAGUGAACUGUAUUCUCAAAUACAACAUUUUUGUUGCAUAAUGUCACCUUGCAUGUCCAGUAUUCUAUAAGUAUCUCACCAAUAUUUGCCAAACAACUUGCAGCAAUGCAAUUACAUAAUAUUACUUUGUAUUACUUUAGAAUGUAUUGGGAACAUCUUAAUAAAACAAUUAAGUCUUUACAUCAUGACUCAUCAUUUCACGAUUCAUGUCUCCUCAACGUUGAUUAAAGUGACAAAUAUAAAUUGAGGUUUAAAAAAAUCAGAAUUUGCACAACAUUGUGAUGACGUACAUUUGUGAGGAGAUAUUUAUCUUCUUGGUUAGUAUUGCUAUGUAUAUUGUGAUGUUUGAAAUGUGUACAUUUGUAAAAAUAAAAAAUCCAUAACCAUUGAAA